CUGGCAAGGACUUCAUAAAGUCCCUAGAUACUUUCAAGUUUUAGUAGAUUAUUUAGGUUGCAGAUAUGACAAAGAAUCUAUAGAAGAUAUUUUUAAAUGGACUUAAUAUGUUUGAGACAACUCUGUAACACUUGUUUGCAAUGCAUUCUCAUACAAGGGUUUGUAACAAAUAAAAAUGAUUAUCGCAGGUACUAAUUCUACUGGCAGAAGUGGCCAGUAUAAGCUCAGAAUACAAAAUGUAAUUUUAUCAUUUCUUACCAAUACAAUCUAAAUUGCAUAUUUUACAGUGAAACACUAAAAAGCAACAUAAGGACUUCAUGAGUAUUCUGAACUUGAGAGUAAAAUGUGAAAAAUGCCUCAUUUUACAGGAGUUAAAACCUUUCUGGAUCUCUGAUUUUGAUACUCUAACAGUUAAGUUAAAUCUUAGGGAGCCCUAUGGAGAGGGGAAACAGAACUGCCCACAGGUCAGGGGAGGUUUGACUACUAACAAGACACGUAUCCUUGGACCUUGUUUUUCUCCGUUCCUUACAGGAAAUGAAAGGACCUGAUCAGAUCACUUUUAGUAUCUUUGUAUCACCAAUUAAAAAGAAAUUUUUUUAAAUUACUAUAUACUUAGGCAUAUAUGUUUAUUGAAAACCUUCCUCGUUUUUCAAGCCAACAAUACAAAAUAAUUUGACAGUUUGAGUGGAAAAAUGUUUUUCCAGCUACUAUCUAACAAUUCGCACUCUAAUGUACAUCAGCUGUAAACUCAUAGGGAAUGUAUCUAGUAUUUAAAGACCCUUUUCUUGGCUAGUAAUGGAUCUGCCAUGUCCUAAAGGUGGUAAUGGAUCUGUUCACCAGCUAGUGCCAUAUGAGGUGGGAGUUUCAUAUAAGGAGAGGCCCAUGGCUACGAAAUCUUGGUAAACAAUGUUCAAGUUAUAUAGGUUUCUGUACUACAGGAGAACCUUUAGUAUACUACAGCACAUUGUGAAUCUCUAACUGGGCUACUAUUAUUAGAGACUUUAGACAUCUUUUAAAACAACUUCAUUUUACUGAUCAAGUAUCUCAAUUCUUUGGCCCUAGAGUCUGUAUUUCUCACAGGAUCAAUUGUUCUGAAUAUAAAUGGUUGGAAUACUGGGGGACACAUAAAGUCUAAAAGGCCCAUAGUGGAACUGCCCCUAGAACAUCACUAACAUCAAAUACUAAUGAACUGAAUUCCCUACCAGAAUACUUAAAAAAAAAAAAAACCCAAAACAAAAAGCAUUGUUAUAUCCAUGUAGGAUGCUAACACAUGCUUCAGAAGGUUUUAAAAAAUGCUUCACUGAAAAUACCAUCUUAAAAAAAGAUUUGUUAAUAUGGCUAGAGUAAUGUGAACAUAAAUUUCUCUCCUUGGCUUCUUCUCAGAUUCCUGUAUCUAAGAGGACUCUGGUCAGCAACAUCAUUGAAACAUGAUUUGAAAGUACGCAUCUCACAACAUCAAGAUUUCAACUUGGAACCCCUGAUGAACUGAAAAAAUUGACGUGCUCCAUACCACUGUAUACAUGGACCAUGCAACGAGUUUCCUGGGCUCUCCCACAGCUUUAGAGAUUAAAUGCCUUAUGGAUAAAGAAAAUUUGGAUGGUAAGAUUGAAUAUUGUAACUAUGCAAUGGAUUCCUCAGGGGAAAACAUGUAUGUAAACAAAAUGUGGAUUCAAUGUGAGAAUGAAAAUUGUUUGAAAUGGAGAUUGUUAUCAAAUGAGGAUGCAGCCAAAGUUGAUCAUAAUGAACCUUGGUACUGCUUCAUGAACACUGAUUCAAGAUAUAAUAACUGCUCAAUUUCUGAAGAAGACUUCCCUGAAGAGUCUCAGCUUCAUCAGAGUGGAUUUAAGAUUGUCUAUUCACAGCUCCCUCUUGGAAGCCUGGUUUUGGUAAAAUUACAGAAUUGGCCAAGUUGGCCAGGAAUACUUUGCCCUGACCGUUUUAAACGGAAGUAUGUGACCUAUGACCUGGAUGGAAAUGUUGAAGAGUAUCACAUAGAAUUCCUGGGUGAUCCCCAUUCCAGAUCAUGGAUAAGUGCAACAUUUGUUGGACAUUAUAGUAUCACAUUAAAGCCAGAAAAAUGUAAGAAGAAAAAGAAAUGGUAUAAAAGCGCACUACAAGAAGCAUGUCUGCUCUAUGGAUAUUCUCAUGAACGAAGACUGGAAAUGUGCUGCCUGUCAAAACAACAAGAUAAAUCCAAAACACAUGACAAAGUUGCUGCACUGCCCAAGAAAAGGAAGCAGAUUUCUAAAAAUAAUAUUGAAAAGACAAAGCCCAAAUUUAGAAAAAGGAAAAGGAAAGCAACUUUAACAUACUCUUCUGAAAAUGUUUGUUACAAUGAUGCCUUAUCAAAGGAAAACAUGGUUGUUUCUGAGACAGAAAUUUUACUAAAAGAGCUGGAGCAAAUGCUACAGCAAGCAGUGCAACCCACAACCACAGCUGAGGAGUCUGAAGAAGGGCAUGGAGAGGAAGUAAAUACAGGAGAAAAGUUAUCCAAAUGUAGCCCAGAAGCUCCUGCAGGCAGUCCAUUUGAAAACCACUAUGAAGAGGACUACCUUGUAAUUGACGGGAUAAAAUUAAAAGCUGGAGAAUGUAUUGAGGAUAUAACUAAUAAAUUUAAAGAAAUAGAUGCUUUGAUGUCUGAGUUUUAGAACAUUAUGCAUACUUUUAAAAGUUAAUUAUUACAAAUUGGCAUCUUUGUAUUUAUCCAAAAUUAAAACCUUAAAAAUGUUUAGGAAAUAGGUAUGCAUUAUACCAAAAUUGAUAUUUGCAAUAACUUUCUACUUCAUACUUCAUAUUUUAAGAAUGGCCAUGAUUUUUAGAGUCAAACGGUAUUUUAGUGUUAAAAAUUUAGAAUUAAGAAACCCUGAUAUUUGUAUUUGUAUAUUUCUUGUUUGUCUUAAUUCUUAAAUUGUUUGUGAAAUUUGCCUCACAAACUCAUGGUGUACGAUGAUUAUUUAGGUCCUUUAUUCAAAAGUGGCUAACUUAAAGUGGCUGCCAAGCAACUCUAAUUCUCACAGGUAAUUCAAAUCUAAUAAACAUAGUGAAUGUGUAUUUGCAGUGGAAUCAAACUAUUACAAAAUAAAAGGAAAUAAUUUGUUAAAUCAUUGUUUAAUAGAGUUGAAACUUUUCUUAAAAACCAAAAAUGUCACUUGCUACUUAUACUGGAAACAGUUAUUUCAACCAUGUUUCCCAAAACUGACUGCUUAAUAAGUCUCUGGGAGACUUUAGAAGAUCAGAAUCCUGGACUCUUCCCUGCUGAAUAAGUAUCUUUGGAGGUAUCAUCUGGAAGAUGAAGAAAAUGUAAUUUAAAGUGUGUAGAGAGGAGUUAAACAUAUUCAUUAUAAGAAAUCUAAAAACAUAGAACAUAAAAACUAUAUCAUUUUUCAGGGAUUCUCAUGAACAGUUUUAGUAGAUAUCCUUCUAGAUCUUGCUUUAGGUACACUGAAAUGUGUGGGCAUUCACACUAUCUUUAGUUCCUGCUCUGUCUAUCUUUCUCUGGGGACAGGGUGGGGAAAAGGGCAUUCCAAGCACAUAAAAACCAAAGCUUGAGGAGAGAAGAAAUGCACAAGAGCAUCACCACGCUGGUGAAUUUUAUUGUGAAUUGCCUCAUAUUGCUUUAACAAGGAGGCAGCACACUUAUAAAUAUUAAAAAUAAAUAAGACACCAAACAACCAACAUACCAUUACGGGCUCAUUGAGUGGGUUGCUUCUUUUAAGUAUUUUUAGAUUCUAUAAUAAUCACAUAAAGUGGAGAGUGGAGAUAUACCCAUAACAGUGGAAUAUUUCAUUUGCCAAAGUAAAGUAUGUAUGUAUUUCUGUCCUCCAUGUUUUCAUCAUGUAUUCCUUAGCAUUUUGAUAUUGUGUCAUAGGAUGUUGAGUUGCAAAGCCUAUUUGGGUUCAUAUUUUACCUACUAACUUAUCUAAGGCAUAUAACCAGUAAAUAGAAGGGCCGGAGUUGAGUACAUUUCUGUCAGCUUCCAGAUCCCAUGUCAUUAUUUCCAUCUAUAAUGUCUUGAUGAAGCUUUUAACUAGCUGGGUCAUGGAAUGAUAAUCUAGUUUCCUCAUAUGUAAAAUAAGAAUGGAACUAUGCAAACCAAGCAUUGUUGUGAGGAAAAAAUGAGAUAUUUUUUGUGAAUGUGGUUUGCAAAUCAAUUUGCUCUUCUGUUUACUCUUUGCAAAGAUAAUCAAGUAUGUGUUUAAGUAUAUUGCAAUUAAUAAUUACUAAGAUCAAAUAUAACUAUAUAUUUGAAAUGAUCACUUUUCCUACUCUUACAUUAUUUAAUCUACUACUCAUCAAUAUCAGAGUUCUUUUUUCUCUUUUAUAAAAUUAAUCUUUGGAAAUUAUCACAAGCAACAUUAUGAUCUUCUGUCUUUUAAGGUAUAUCUCACUGUUGAGCUUUAGAAAUGGCUUUAAAUAACUUUGCUUUCUUAACAGACACUCAGUUAAAAAGGGAAAGGGGGGAUGUCUUAGUUUUGAUGAGUAGUGGCUGGUUUAUUUGUCAAUUUGGAUGCUUUUCAGCAAAUGCCCAAAUGCCUUUUGCAAGAACGCCAUGUUAUUUUUAAGGAUCUGUUCCUGCAGCAAGUUGGAAUUUGGUCCUAGGCUCAAAGUAACUUGUGAAAACCAGGAAGCUCACCAAAAUAUUUGAUCAGUACUAGUCUCCUUUAUUGUUGACAAUUCCUUAUUAUGACAUGUAGUUAACUUCCAUAAAUUUUAAAUUUUAUGAAAUGAACGUUUUGCAAUUUGUAGAGGAAAAGGAUGAGUCAGGAGAGAAAUAUAAAUGCAACUAUGUUCCUCUCUUCUGGAGCUUACAGUCUAGUGAUGGAAGAAUGCUCACAAGCAUAAAUGUUCCUCAAAGCAGAAAGUGCAUUUGAAAAUGGAACAUCUGAAACCAGAAGGGAGUUAUCUUUCCAAGCAGCUAAGAGUCUGUAAUUACAAAAUACUUAAUACAAUUUCUUGAGGCUCAGGUGUCUCCUACCAGCAGUGAGAGACCACCUCACCAAGUCUAAGGUCAGCAGACAGCUAACUUGAGCUGCCAAAAGCUCUUAAUAGAGAAAGCUAAGCCAGAGCUAGGAUUUCCCUCCUAAUCCCUUUUCUUGGCUCCUCUUGAAUUUCAGAGCGGGCCAGUGACAAUGACACCUGAUCUUUACAUCUCAUUAGUUCUCAGUCUGAAGGGACUUUCUCCUUCUACCAGCACAAUUGGAUCAGACACCACGUACUCCACAUGAUCAUCAUGCAUU